GUGCUGAGUCACUGCCCCAGCUGCGGGCGGUGCGUGCUGUCGAGGGCGGGGUGCGUGGACGACGGGAACACUUCGAGCGCGGCAGCCGACGGCGGUGCCGCCGCGCCCGCGGCCUCGGAGCCGGCCUCGGCCGCGGAGGACGACGCCACCGCCAGCGCCACGGCCUCCCCGGAGCAGCCGACGACGAGCGCCGCCGCAGCCCCUGCCGACGCGACGACGGAGAGCCCGGGCGCGGCGGCGGCCGCCGGCGAG